GGCUGUUGUCAUUUUGUAAGACAACCCCCCCCCAAAACCAUUACUGCACAGUUCUGUCCAAGCAGCCCACGUAUACGCAGAAAAGCUAGGCUAUCACGGUGGAAAAUGCCUCUCGCCAAAGACCUCCUCCACCCUUGUAUGGACCACGAGAGAAGACAGCAUAAAAAGAAAAGGCUCGUUCAGAGCCCGAACUCCUACUUUAUGGACGUGAAGUGCCCAGGCUGCUACAAGAUCACCACUGUGUUCAGCCAUGCACAGACAGUGGUACUCUGUGUGGGAUGCUCAACGGUGUUGUGCCAGCCAAAAGGUGGAAAGGCCAGACUGACAGAGGGUUGUUCUUUCAGGAGAAAGCAACAUUAAAAAGGGAUUAUCCACUUAAUCAUGACUGUAAUAAAGCUGUGCUGUUGAUAAACACCUUAUUUUUCCAUUGAUUACAAUGUUGUUGUUCAUUCACUAAUGACAGGUUCUGUCACUGUACAAAUGUUCAACUUUUAUGACAAAUUUCUAGAAAAUUACUAGCAAUUUUUUUAACAUGUAAAAUACUAAAAGUAAAAUCUUACUAAAAUCAAUAAAGCAAGUCAUUAUAAAA